GUCAUGCAUUUUUUGCAUAAUAAAAACCGUUGAUGUGUGGUUUUGUAGUAGUAACAGAAAGGAGGAGAAAUGGCUCAACAGACUGUCAAGCGUGCUCUAAAUGUGGUGGUGCUUCUGGGAACAGUGAGGGAGAACAACAUGGGCUCCAGGGCGGCCAAGUUCAUGGUCAACCAGCUCUCUAGCAAGGGCCACCAAGUGAAACUACUUGAUCCUGAGGUGUUGGAUUUGCCUCUACUCAAGAAGGCUCUGCACCACUACCAGGACCGCACACAAGCACCCCAACUGCUGCAAGACACGAACCAAAUCCUCGCUGAUGCUGAUGCUUUUGUGUUUGUAUGUGCAGAGUACAAUCACUGUCUACCUCCUGCCCUCACGAACAUGGUGGCCCACUUCCCUGCAACUUCAUUCAAAUAUAGACCUGCUGGGAUUGUCAGUUACUCUAUGGGACCAUUUGGAGGGCAGAGAGCUGCAAUGCAAGCCCGAUGUUUGCUUGGAGAAAUCGGAUGCGUUAGCCCAUCGUUUCUGUUUGCAAUUCCGACCAUCCAGACACAACUGAGCGAGACAGGGGAGGCAGUAAACGAUCGGAUGACGUCUAAUGCCGACAAGCUCAUCACUGAACUUGAAUGGUACGGCACAGCUAUAGUGAACCACAAGGAAGCAGUGGGGCGACCAAGUUAGCUAGAUAGGGACACAUUAUUUAUGUAAGAUGUUGAUGUUUGGCUGGACAGAACUAUAGUCUUAGAAAACUUAGUGCUAGUGUUGUUUUAUUCAGUAUACAUGUACCAGUACCAGAUAUGAGAAUCGGAUAUAUAGUAGAUAUAAUUAUGUAGCUCACAUUAAAUUUUA